GCUUCACCUGGAGGGGGCGACCUGUUCCACAAGGAGCUGAAGAGCCAGCGGAAGUAACGGGGGAAGACCGUCCACUGCCAGGAGGGCAGGAGCCACAUGAACGGGUCGGGCAUCCUGCACUUCAGGUCAGGAGACAUGUGGUUAUGGUGCCCUUCUCUCCUCCUCGCAUCCCAGGCAGGGCCCUGCUUAUAGGUGACAGGUCCGGGAGGAGACCCUCGAGGAAGCGGACUCACAAAGCCGAGAACGCGCCGGGCAGGCGCCGAGCCCCGCCUGGCCAGAAGGAGCGGGCCGGGGGCAGCCCGGGGUCGGGGUCUCCCCAGAGGAAGCAGGCAGAGCGCAGGGGACGCAGAGAGCAGCUGGGGGAACGGGAGCGAGGCUCGGCAGAGAAGACCUGCGGAGGGAGGAGGAAGAGGGACGGGAGAGCUUCCCUCAGGGAGCCCCGAGCACCUCCAAAGAAGGAGAAGGAGGUGCGGAGGAAGGAGGAGAUGUGGAAGCAGCUGAAGAAACACAGGUCAUCCUCCUUGGCCUCCAGCACCUCCGGUGGGGAGUCUCUGUCUGAGGAGGAAGUGGCCCGGAUUCUGGAGCAGGUGGAAGACAAGAAGAAGCUCAUCGCCACCAUGCGGACCAAGCCCUGGCCCAUGGCGAGGAAGCUGGCGGGGCUCAGGGAGGCCCAAGAAUUUGUGGAGAAGUAUGAAGGAGCCUUGGGAAAGGGGAAAGGCAAGCGACUCUACGCCUAUAGGAUGCUGAUGGCUAAGAAAUGGAUCAAGUUUAAAAGAGACUUUGAUAAUUUCAAGACUCAAUGUAUUCCCUGGGAAAUGAAGAUCAAGGACAUUGAAAGUCACUUUGGUUCUUCAGUGGCAUCAUAUUUCAUCUUUCUCCGAUGGAUGUAUGGAGUUAACCUUGUCCUUUUUGGCUUAAUAUUUGGUCUAGUCAUAAUCCCAGAGGUGCUGAUGGGCAUGCCCUAUGGAAGUAUACCCAGAAAGACAGUGCCUCGGGCUGAGGAAGAAAAAGCCAUGGAUUUUUCCGUCCUUUGGGAUUUUGAGGGCUACAUCAAGUAUUCCGCUCUCUUCUACGGCUACUACAACAACCAGAGGACCAUCGGGUGGCUGAGGUACAGGUUACCCAUGGCUUACUUCAUGGUGGGGGUCGGCGUGUUCGGCUACAGCCUGAUGAUCGUCAUUAGAUCGAUGGCCGGCAACACCCAGGGCAGCACGAACGACGGGGAGAGCGAUAACUUCACAUUCAGCUUCAAGAUGUUCACCAGCUGGGACUACCUGAUCGGGAAUUCAGAGACGGCCGACAACAAAUACGCCUCCAUCACCAUCAGCUUCAAGGAAUCAAUAGUGGAUGAACAAGAGAGUAACAAAGAAGAAAAUGUCCAUCUGACAAGAUUUCUCCGUGUCCUGGCCAACUUUCUCAUCAUCUGCUGUUUGUGUGGAAGUGGGUACCUCAUUUACUUUGUGGUGAAACGAUCCCAAGAAUUCUCCAAAAUGCAGAAUGUCAGCUGGUAUGAAAGAAAUGAGGUAGAAAUUGUGAUGUCCCUGCUUGGGAUGUUUUGUCCCCCUCUGUUUGAAACCAUUGCUGCCCUGGAGAAUUACCACCCACGCAUUGGACUGAAGUGGCAGCUAGGACGCAUCUUUGCACUCUUCCUGGGAAACCUCUACACAUUUCUUUUGGCCCUGAUGGAUGACGUCAACCUGAAGCUUUCUAACGAAGAGACAAUAAAGAACAUCACUCACUGGACUCUGUUUCACUACUACAACUCCUCGGGUUGGAACGAGAGCGUCCCCCGGCCACCCCUGCACCCUGCAGAUGUGCCCCGGGGUUCUUGCUGGGAGACAGCUGUGGGCAUUGAAUUCAUGAGGCUGACAGUGUCGGACAUGCUGGUAACAUGUAUCACCAUCCUGCUGGGGGACUUCCUGCGGGCUUGUUUUGUCCGGUUCAUGAACUACUGCUGGUGCUGGGACCUGGAGGCUGGAUUUCCCUCAUAUGCUGAGUUUGAUAUUAGUGGAAAUGUGCUUGGUUUGAUUUUCAACCAAGGAAUGAUCUGGAUGGGCUCCUUCUACGCCCCGGGACUGGUGGGCAUCAACGUGCUGCGCCUGCUGACCUUCAUGUACUUCCAGUGCUGGGCGGUGAUGAGCAGCAACGUCCCCCAUGAACGCGUGUUCAAAGCCUCCCGAUCCAACAACUUCUACAUGGGCCUCUUGCUGCUGGUGCUCUUCCUCAGCCUCCUGCCGGUGGCCUACACCGUCAUGUCCCUUCCACCCUCCUUUGACUGCGGGCCAUUCAGUGGGAAAAACAGAAUGUAUGACGUCAUCCAAGAGACAGUGGAAAACGAUUUCCCAACCUUCCUGGGCAAGAUUUUUGCUUUCCUCGCCAAUCCAGGCCUGAUCAUUCCAGCCAUCCUGCUGAUGUUCCUGGCCAUUUACUACCUGAACUCAGUUUCCAAAAGCCUUUCCCGAGCUAAUGCCCAGCUGAGAAAGAAAAUCCAAGCGCUACAUGAAGUUGAAAAGAGCCACAAAUCUUUCAAAGGCAGAGCCACAGCCAGAUAUUCGGAGGACACAGCUAAAGGCAACUCCAAAAAUGCCACCCACCUCACCAAAGAAGGAACCGCACAUCACCCUGCUAGCCCAAGCCAGACCCUGGACCAGAAGGCGCAGGGCUCUAGGGCCUCCAGUUCUGCCGGCAGGACUGUGUCGCCUGCCUCAGCACCCCCUGGCGUCAGACCAGACCCUGGCCAAGCCCAGCCUCAGGCUCAUCCUUGGAGGUCAGCCUCUGGAAGGAGUGCUCAGAGACCUCCCCACUGA